GGGGUGUGAAACCGCAGUUCGCCAGGCAAGCCCCGCAACGAACGAUACAGCAUAAUGAAGAUGAGGAUAGAGAGCAGAGCACCGACAGUCGCCCCACAGGGGGGACGGCCCACGAGGGGCGCGGCGGGGGCGCCUCAGCGCCUUAGUCCUUGAAGUUGACUGUGGCGUCGUACCAGCGUUUCCGCGGCCACUCUGGGCCUCGCGUGCAGCCGACUGGCUCCCAUUGAAAUAUUGGUUUCGCCCAAGCACGUUCCUCCGAAUACAUUCGCCGCAACCAUUUGCGGGCAGAUUUGCGGCGCUCCUCGAUCCAAUCACGAAGUCCCAAUUUUGACGCACGGUGCUCCGCAUCCUUUGUUGUCCGUUGGAUGAAAUCUGCUCAUGGCUCCAGAAAUAGACUCUCGCUUGAAGAAGAGGGGGAAGACGAGGAAUAAGUAGAAGAUGACGUGGAUGAUGAUGACGCGGGUCGCUCUCCAGCGCGAUGUCCCCGCCUGCUCGCACGGACGAUCAUCCGUGGCAUCUCUCUCUGCGGUAUGAGGAUGAGAUGAGAAGGGGGAGGAUGAGGAAGAAGAGGAAGGGGACGAGGAGGGAGGAACCAGGCCAUGCCACGAGGCGCAGGCGCAGGCUGGGAUCAGGCGCCCAAUGCGCCGAACUCGUGGCGCUAUCGAACCGAGGCUAGGGCGGCGGCGGAGGCCACGCGGGGCAUCUGCGGGAGCCUCCCCGCAGCCCCAAGGAUCGAGGAGGAGGAGAAGAAAAAAGAGGAAAAGGAGGAGGAAGAGGAUGAGAAGGAGGAGGAGGAGGAGGAUGCCAGGGCAAGGGACGCCUGGUCCUCCGACCUUCUGCUCUGCGCUCGGCCCUGCCCGUCCCUCUGCCGCUUCAGCCGCUCUCCGCGUGUGACGCUCCAGCGUGCGCCUGUGAGGAAUCUUUUGCGACUCUCGGCAAACGAGGGUGCGCCUUCAGCCAAGACGGCUCAGCCCGCGCACUGCGGCGCAGAAGCGCAGUAACAGUACAAACCGUUGCCACCCAGUUUGGGUGGAAGGCAUGUCGAGUCAAGGAUGGCGCCCAGACGGCGCAAGGGCCACAAGAAGCGAACAGCCUCUGGGCACAAGACAACGUAGACAAAAACCACACUUUGCUGUGGCCAGUUUCGGUCCUAAUUGACCCUCUGCUUUUGAUGACACGCUGGGGAGGACAAAUUUGUGACAAAUCAUGCCCCCCCUGUCACUUCGACUGGGGACUGAAGGUCCCCGGUGUCACUCCGAAUUGAUGGGCUGGUGUCAAAUGUGGAUGUCGCAUGCAUCAUUCGACGCAUCGUCUCUGUGACACGCACUAUCUACAAGUACCGGCGCGAUCGGCCGCCCGAGCCUGCGGAGACCGACAAAAACAGUGUAAUUAGCGAAUGGCGACAGGCCGCAUGAGGGGUGGGUCGAACAUCAUCAUAGAUUGGCGCUUAUUCACCUCAGGAGCAGUCCGCAGCUCCGCAGCGACGGUGAGGUCACGUAGGACGGCGAGCUAGGAGGCAGGCUGGCAGGCAAGACAGGAGAGGCAGGCCGAAAGGCUGGACCAGAGAGGAGGAGGUGAGAGGCAGGAGGGAAGACAGAGGACGAGGAGGAAGAAGACGAUGAGAAGGCCGGAACUGGCUGACAUGAGAAAAAGGAGCGAAGCUGCCUCGCGACUCGCGUCCAGCGAAACUUCAAACUCAAGUUAAAAGUGAUGGGGGAGCCCCAAGCGUCUUCGAUAACGAACACGGCCAAAUGUUUUCUUGGAUCAAUGGACAAUGUCAAGUAACCCAUAAUACUAAACUGUCGUUGAACGUUCUGGACUGAUCGGCCGAGGGUUAUACUUAUUCCUGGGCCGCCGAGACCACAUCGGGGGGCUUGCUGCCACCCCUUCGAGGCUCUCGG